AGUAAGAACUUGUCGAUCUUUUAAUAUCUGUUCAUUCCCUUUUUCAAAAAUCGUUCAGCUAUGUCCCUGAAUCGCUUUUCGUAAAGGUUUCGACGUGAGACUCGUCAGAGGCGCCUUUUGCUAUAUUUACCCUUUCCUGUAUUCUGUUAGGAGUUAAAGCGUGUGAAAACGAGGUCGUUAGCUUAUUGUGCUGCCGCAUUCUGCGACCAGAAGGCCAAAACCGCUCAAUUCGACUUCUCGAAAACCUUCUUUUCUUGUUGCAUUUGAAUCCAUGAAUAUAGUACAGACCGCGCCGUUUUCCAAGUACAAAUCUCGCGGACCGAUAUUAACUUGCAGGCUGCAGCUUCAAGUCUCACAGCGUUCAGCCCAGCAUACGGAUCCUAUAGCCAAAAAUAAUCGCCAAACACAUGAUUCUCACAUGCUUGGUCGCACGAUUACUCUCGCGAUAGGGAAUAUUCAAGAAGCAAUCGCAAGACGAUAUCUACCGAGCGACGAAUAAUUGGUGUUAAUGAUGUCAAUCACAAAUCGCGAAAGGAUGGCGGAUCGAAUGAAUAAGGUCGAGAAUCGAUACCCUGAAGAUAUUCAAACUUGUGCAAACAAUGAUGAUGGGAAUAGCUACCCCGCAGAUAAAGAUUGCGACGCGGAGUCCUUCUUGCCAACUACCACAACCCAAGUCGCAAUGACAACAAGAUUUCCAAAAUUAUCUUAUCCAGGCAUUAUAAAAAGGAAAUUAGGCUCGAAUCAUUGGGACAAGAUACAUGAGGCAAUUCAAGGACGAAAACGCGAUGCAUCAGAAUGUCCGACCGAUUAUCAAUUGUGCCCUAAAUCGAUGAAUGGAGGGUGCUGUCCAAAUAACAGAUUCUGCGGCACUAGUAGUUGUUAUCUCACGAGUGCAGCUCCUGCGUCAGCAUGUGGAGUAUCAGGAUAUACUGCUUGUGGGAUUGAUGCUGGAGGUGAGUUUUCAUUACAUGCCAGAUCACUGUCGAGCCCCAUCUAAUAAUCAAAUAGGCGGUUGUUGUCCAGAUGGCUACUCAUGCGAAAUCGAUGGAUGUAGUGCUUCUCCCGGUGUAUCUUAUAGCGAAACAUGUGGUGUUGGUUCAUAUCUCUGUCCAUCUUCAUUAAACUAUGGAUGUUGUAUGAACGGCAUGGGCUGUGGGAUGAAUGAUUGUUACUCUACGGCAAUAUCGACUUUCACCUUAACUGAGACCAUGACUACGACGGAUAGUAAUUCGAAUACACAGACUCUUACUUCCACAUUAGUUACAGCAUCCACUCCAGCGUCACCCUCAGUCGCGGUAAAUACAUCAAAAGCUUCCGCUGUCCCAAAACUUACACCCACCGCGACUGCAAUAGCGAAAGUUAAGGCAACUACCGAGAGUACGAGUACGCCGACAAGUAGUGGCCUUACAAAACCAGAAAUAGGUGGGAUUAUAGGUGGUGCAUCUUUCAUACUAUUAGUAAUUCUCAUCGCCGCUUUCUGCAUCCUUAGGCGCCUAAAGAAGGCUACAAAAGCAUACAAAGAAGCAAAAUCACGUAGUGGAUCCAGUGUUCCUCGAUCACACAGACAUCGCCCCUCAUACCCAUCACCAUCUGAUAUGAGUUCGAUAUCAUUCGAUCCUCUACAAAUGAGUGGUUCACAAAGCUCACAGAGCGUCCGCAACAAAUCUCACCCAACUACCGAGCCAUUCUCAUUCGAUCGACAUGACGGCCCCGAAGUCGUAACUCGACCCAUCUUCAACACCUACUCACCCUUUUCUCCUCAUGCCUACCCUAACAUCGUAUCACAAACCCAAGGUCGGGGGUACUACCCAGUAGCCACCUCUGAAUCCGUCUACUCUCAAACCUCCUCGGGCCGCCGAAACCCAUCGGUAGAAUCCACCCCUCCUCUCCAACAACCGCAAUCCUACUUCGACAUCCCUCCGCGCCAACAGUCCGGAAUUCCCGACUUUCGAAACCAGAAUUUACGUCAUGGUCACGAUGUAAGUCCCGUGCGUCGACCUAGCCAACAUGGGAGAAACUGGAGCAACGCCAGUGACGUCAGCGCAUCAUCGUCUAGUCCCCUCGUAGAGCUCGAAGCCGGAGACGACGGAGAACAAAAAUUCUCUCUCGUCAAAGCUUGGAAAGUUUUAGGCAUAGGAGGAAAUUGGAAGGGAAAAGUCUCCACAAAGAGGAAACAUGAAAAUUUAUCUCUGAAAGAUUCUCCCACGAGUACUUUAGAUCGCGAUCUCAAAACUGUGUUGUCGAAUGUACCAGAAGAAGCGGGUAGUUUUAUUAAUGCGACGGAGGCAGAGGCAGAUGGGGAUGGUGAUGAGAUAAGAGUUCAGAGACCAAAAAGUAGCGAUACGGGGAGGGAAUCCCAUGCUUCGAGACCGAGGAGUGGACUUUCUAAUGCGGAGUUGAGGGAAGCGAGUAUUAAGAAUGUGGUGAAGGCGAAACCGAGUAAGGUGAAGGAAAUCAUGAUUCGGAAUUCCGGGGGUGCGAGUGAGAGCGCUAGUGUGCGUGGGAAUGGGAAUGGGAAUGGGAAUGAAAAGGCAGAAGAGGCAGGAUCUGGAGGGUAGUUUGGUAGGAGGAGUGGAGGAGUAGAGGGAGUAUAUAUUAUUUUUGAUGGGCGAUAGGUUGGAUUUGGGUUGGAAAAUAUUUCCGCGUUAUGGAAUGCAUAUUCGAGGCUAUUGUCCUGCCUCUGAAGGGGAUUAUUUUUCUGGAAAGCAAAUACGUCUUUAGUGUAAUUAGCUCACGGAGUUGGGAGACUAGGUACUUAAUUAAUGCACACACAUCAUUAAUUUAUCAUUUCAUGUUAU